UCCAGGCACUCACUUCCCCAGCUGCUGACGUCAGCUGGCAGCCUGGGCUGUGCUCGCCGCUCCGGACAUAGCGCCGAGAAAAAUGCUGCUCUCCGUACCGCCAAGGGCAGGAAUCAACCCAUACAACGGCUAUAACAGCAGAAACAGCAAAAAGCAGGCCUAUGUGUCCUCCGGCCAUCAGAUGGCGCCCCCCAGUCCCAAUACUAACAGUAGCAGCAACAGCAGUGGGGGAGGGGAACAGCUGAGUAAAACUAACCUGUACAUCCGCGGCCUCCAUCCGGGGACCACAGACCAAGACCUGGUCAAGCUCUGCCAACCGUAUGGCAAGAUUGUGUCGACCAAGGCCAUCUUGGAUAAAACCACCAACAAAUGUAAAGGAUAUGGCUUUGUGGACUUUGACAGUCCAGCAGCAGCACAGAAAGCUGUUACAGCUCUGAAGUCCAGUGGGGUCCAGGCUCAGAUGGCCAAACAACAAGAGCAGGACCCCACCAACCUCUACAUCUCCAACCUGCCAGUGUCUAUGGAUGAGCAAGAGCUGGAGAGCAUGCUCAAGUCCUUUGGCCAGGUCAUUUCCACACGCAUCCUCCGAGAUGCUAACGGGACCAGCCGCGGCGUGGGGUUUGCCAGAAUGGAAUCCACGGAGAAGUGCGAGGCCAUAAUUCAGCAUUUCAAUGGCAAAUUCAUCAAGACUCCACCGGGAGUGCCUGUGCCCACAGAGCCCUUAUUAUGUAAGUUUGCAGACGGAGGCCAGAAGAAGAGGCAGAACCAGGGGAAGUACCUCCACAAUGGAAGGCCCUGGGCUAGAGAUGGAGAUACGGGAGGAAUGACGCUUGCGUAUGACCCCACAGCCUUACAAAAUGGCUUCUACUCCUCACCCUACAGUCUGGCUCCAAACCGAAUGAUCGCCCAGACUUCUCUCUCACCUUACAUGCAUUCUCCUGUCUCAUCCUACCAGGUACACAGCCCGUCCUGGAUGCACCAUCAGUCAUACCUCAUGCAGCCAGCUGGUACAGUUCUUACCCCGACAAUGGAUCACGCCAUGUCCAUCCAGCCCACGUCCAUGAUGGGACCUCUUGCCCAGCAGCUAAGCCACCUGUCCCUGGGCAGCACGGGCACAUAUAUUCCGGCCAACACAACUAUGCAGGGGACCUACAUCCCCCAGUACACCCCAGUGCCUCCCUCCAGUGUCCCAGUAGAGGAAAAUGGUGGUCAACAGCAACAGGUUGCCAUGGAGACUCCUGCAGAACACACAAACUACUCAUACCAACACACCAAGUGAAGCUAAGCUCCAGCAGGGUGGGGCCGAGGGCACGAGAUGAAUCCAACCAAACAGGAUUCAGCUGGAAGAGAACUGUGCUCUGUGACAUCACCAAGCACCCGGACUUGAACAUGGAUAACAAAAGGAACAUGUGUGCUUGUGUUUGUUUGUGUGUGUGCGCGCAUGCGUGCGUGUGUGUGUGUGUGUGUAUGUGUGUGUGCGUGUGUAUAAAUGUCUGUAUUUUUUUCUUUUUGUUUUUUUUUUUUAAGAAAACGGACAACACUUACAUCAUUGGACUUUCCUGCUCACAUCCUCAAGCGUUGAUCAACCAAAGGUGGGAAUCUUCUUCACAGAAGCUUUGAUCUAUUUUGAUAACUGAAAAAAAGGAACACAAGAAGUUAAAAAAAAAAAAAAAAAUGGAAAAAAAACUUAAGAGCGGAGGAAAAGACACAGAGCAUUAUUUUUGUGCACGUAAUAUAACAAAUUCUUAUUUUUUAAAACAAGCAUUCUGGACGUUUCAGGGUGAUUCAAGGAAGAGUUGAAACACAAUGUGUCUUUUAUUUUUUUGUAAAAUAUGCAAACUUUUAUUUUUAUUUCCUGAUGUCUGUUGUUUGAUGUUCUAUUUGCAGCAGCGGGGGUAACAAUUUGUACAGAUUUAAAAAACUUACAAAACACUUUUGCUGGUCUGAUGUGUCGGGUCAUUAUUACCGCGGGGAGGCAAACCGUUUAAAGCUACUUCUUCCUGUAACUGCUGCAGAGAUUUCUAUUCACGCACAGAUGUUAUAUAAUAAUAACAUUGACUAUUUAUAGUUUCAUCAAAUUCUUUUUUUUAAACAUUCUUCCAUAAGUGAACAAAAGACAAUCAAUUAUUUCUAUUUAUAUUUGAAUUAUAGUUCUAUUUUUUAGAGUUUUUAGAUCAUUGAAACAUACAUUUAUAGAAAAGACGUUAUUUAAUACUGUAGUCUAUGAUGAUGAAAUGGACUUAACCCCAUGCAUUAAUGAUGAGCUCUAAUAUUUUGGCUCAUGAAAAUGAUUCUUUAGUAGUUUGAGUCUUGUGUGCGCCAUGAAAGAAGACAAAAAUGACACCUGUUCAUACUAAUAGUCGUCCUGUUUUGUUAGAGUGUAACUCCACGUUACAUCCAUGUCCAUGAGAAGUGGUUUUAAGCGGUUUUGCUGUGGCAAACUUUCAGGUAUCAUUAAAUUCAUCCUCUGUCGAAGGGAUGAAGUGAACGUGCUUUAGAUCUGAGCAGUUAGAUUACUGAAAGAUUAUGUGUACAAAGAACAUUGCAGUUACUAAAUUAAGAUAUAGUUUAGCAAAAGCGAUGAGGGAAAUCAAAUAGAAGACUAACACUAUCCCUGAGAAUUAUUAGUUUGAAAGGAAAGGGAGCUGUAAGUCUUUUUUUUUCAAUGCUGCUGUUGUCACCUGAGUUUGAUUCUCUGUCAGUGAUUUUUUUUUUUUUAGUUUGUAGAAAGUUUCUGUUUUGCUUUCGUCUGUCACUUGAAAACCUUUUUGAGCUACUUUGCCUUAUUUUUUGGAUGAAUUUACCUUUGAAGUAGAUUAGAUUUUAGCUGUAGAAUUUAGCUUUUUUAAGAAUAGAUGUUAGUUUUUUCUCUGUGUAGGGAUUGAUGCUGUUUUGUUGUGCACAUCAAGUUUUUCUCUUGUUCAGUUUUUCCGUUCCAAACCUUGUGUCUUCUGUCCUCAUGUUGUGUCGGGCCUGUUUGGGGAAAGCCUUUUGGAGUUGAGAGUUGAACCAAACAAUGACUUCAUUUUAGUGCUGAUCCAAAUGAUUCACACUGGCGCUGCAUCAGUGUUGCGGCUCAAAGAGGCUUCGUGCGCACGAGCCCUGGGUGUGCCUCAGUCUUUUCGAGUGGAGCUCAUGUCACCAACAUCCAAAUAUGUUGAACUUUAAUUUAUGCAGACAUCAAAAAAACUGUAGAUAUGUAGAUAAUAGAAAUAAAUGGUUUUACAAAGGACUGCUCACUAGACCAUGGAAGUGCCAUUAAAGACGAUUCUUGAAGCCUUUAGUGAGACAGCAAGUCUGAAUGAAUUUAGGAGUGAUCCGAAAUUCUGCAAAAACUAUUUUUAGCUAAGCCUUAAUGUUUUCCUCUGGAUGAACUGCCUGAUCUCUCAUAGGGUUGACACUAAGUUGUAUAUACUACAGAAAUAGCAACAGGCUUGUUUGAAUGCCAUCGAGUAGGUCGUCUAGCUGUAGGGUUACGAGGAGCUCUUCUUCCCGCUCUUCAGGCAUCUACGUUUGAGUCCAGUGAUAAACACAGUGUGAAAACAUCUUUGUUGAGGCUCGCAGUUUGAUGAUUCUGUUUCUCUUUACAUUGUCUUUUUUUUUUUCACGUCAGCUUUUUGCUGUGUGUUUCUGUUCACAACCAAAGAUGUUGUAGCCGCCCCGUCUUUUAGCUCUCUGGUUCGUAGACGAUCAUGUGUUGUGUGUGUGUAGCUGGAUAAAAUUCUGCUUCAGAUAGACCCAGAAAGAGAAAGAUCGCAAUAAAGGUGGUGACGUGCACACAAUAUUCCACAUUAUGACCACAGUUUAAGGUUUUGUGAGAACUUUUUUUUCCACUACUCUAUCUGUCAUAAAGUAAACUACACGUGAACGAUCUGGUUUUGUUUACAUGUGUUAAUGAAGCUGAGUUUCCCUCAGUAUACGUAAUGCGGUGGAGAGUUGGUGCGCAUGUAGACUCAUUAUGAACUUUAUUGGCCUCUGCAGACACCCAGGAGGAAUCCAGAGCUUUUACGACAGCGAGAGUUUCAGACACGAGAGCUAAUUUUGUAAAUAGUCUUUUUUCCUCCUCCCUUCCACUAUUCUCUGUACACCAUGUUGUUUGUUUCUUCUCGUGUGUGUGUGUGUGUUUUUUUUUAAUGAUUUAUAACCUGUCCAGAUAACACAGUGACUAGCAAGUUUUUCAGAUUCAGUGCACCAUGAAGGAAAAUGUCAUGGAUAUUGUUUAUAUGUUCAGAGAAAUGAUAUUCCAUGUAUUAGCCAUCACUUUUAAUACAAAAACAGGAUUUUGAAACUAUGAAAUGACCACUUGUUACAAUGCAGUGUUUAUUUAUUUUCUUUUUAUAUUUUAAAAACUUGUCAGCAGAGAUUACAGAAAGUCACGAUGCUCCAAAAUUUGCAUCAUGAAAAGUAGAACCUUAAGUUACAUUUAAUUGUAGGAAUAGUGAGAUCAGUUGUGUACACAAUAUCAGAAAAAAGACAAAUCUCCUCGCACUUAUUUUUUUAGUCCACACCAAUUUGAAAAUGCUCUUUUUUUGUCCACCCUAAUGGAGAUUUGAUGGCUUAUUUCAUAGCUUCAAAAUGUUUUGCUGCUAAAACAGGAUUUCCAAACAGGUGGUUAGAUGUUGGCCAAUCUGGAUUUUCAAAAUGUCCCCUUUUAUUUGCAUUUGGUUAACAUAGAGUGUCUAUCAUUUGUUUUAUUUUCAGACAUAACCUCAUGAUACUAAUGUACAGAAAGUAGUUUACUGUUGUUUCACUAGGCUGAUGGGCAGUUUAAAUAGUUGUAUUUUAUAUUAUUAAAACAUAGAAAUGUUGUUAUAAGGUGACAUUUUUGACCUAGAAAUAAUUAAACUCCACACUGUGUGAACCAGGUUUGUGUGCAUCCCAGGCAUUUUGAAAAUCCGAUAGGCUAAUCCCACUCCCUGCUUGUGAACAGUUUUCUUAUUUAUACAAGAACUCAUUUUGUACAGUUUUGUUAAGAGGAAAGAGGUUUUGAUAUUUGGUUAUUUUGCAAAGCCACUUGGCUACUUUUGUCUUCCUGUGCCAGAGUUGCUAAAUUGUCUGUAACUUGUGUUUUUUUUAUUGAUUGAGAUAAGAUUUUCCUCCUUUCUUGGUUUUCUUUUGAAUUUGAAUAUGUCAGUUUUUUUCUUUUUUUUUUUAAUAAAAGCC